CCCCCCCCCCCCCCCUUUUUUUUUCACCGGUACAGACCACAAUCGGCUUCACCCUGAAGGACAGCGUGCGAUCGAAAUACCCUCCAUGUGCUAUUUUUGACAAACACCCUUUUCCCUCAACGUUCGCCCCUAAGCAAUUUGAUCCUUGCGAUUGUCCCACACCCGACGAAGCUAGUGGUGAACUUGGAAUUUCGGCGCAGUUUUAAGGGUGAACACCGCAACCAUGGAUGACUAUCUUGACGCCCCCAUGGAUGCGGACGAUGUGUUCCCAUGCAAAGGAUGCGGUGAAAUUCUGGAAGAAGGCAAAGCAUUCGAACUUGCUGGAAACCGAUGGCAUCUCGAUUGCUUCCGUUGUAACACAUGCAACACGCUCCUUGAUUCGGAUGCGAAUCUCCUUCUGCUUGGAGACGGGUCGCUGAUUUGCAACAACUGCACAUACAGCUGUAGUGCUUGCGGUAAUAAGAUUGAGGACUUGGCCAUCCUGACCGGAGACCAGGCCUUUUGCGCAACAUGCUUCCGCUGUAGGAAUUGCAAGAGAAAGAUCGAAAACCUGCGCUACGCCAGGACGGCUCAUGGGAUAUUUUGCAUGAAUUGCCACGAGAGUCUAAUGGCACGAAGACGCAAGAAAGCAAAAGCAGCGGCUCAAGCAAAAGCUCGAGACACCGACAAAUCCCUUCCUGCGCUACCGCCAAACGCUGUACCCCCUUCCAGCACAGGUUUCGCAGCCGAAAAGCUUGCGGCGGACUCUGAUACCCCUACCGAACUAUCACCACGACCGCGAAAUGCUUAUGGACGGCAGGACUCAUCGUCGCGGAGCAGUUCGAGACCUGACCGCUCCCCCGAAAGAUUGGCGGAAACGAACAAGGAAACGGUGCUGGCCCCGCCAGCGCCAAACUAUAGACACAACCGCAAUUCAACCAUGUUUUCUGCUGAUCUCAGCGGGGGGGAUGCUGAGGACUUCUUCAUUCCCGUCGCGCUUGACCAGAGUCCCGCGCCGUCCAUCACGCCUCAGUCCACGGCAGACACAAUUUCAGACACGAGCCGUAAAAACAAAGAUUAUUUUGGCUCGGCCAGGUCAAACGCUGUCCAGCCAGACAAGAAGGAAUCGACGGCGCCAACACCCCACAUUGCAUUGAUGGCGCAGAUGGCCCAAGAGAGGCAGCCGUCGUCUGACUAUGAAAGUCCUCAACAGGAGCGGCUCCCACCCCGGAAGCUCUCUCGAGCGGCCGAUGUGAUUGGUAACACAAAACCGGCCCAUAUCGCUAGCAUCUUGGCCGAAGUCUACAAUCAGCAGCCCAACAACGAGGACUUCAAGCUGCAGAAUGUACCCAAAAGCAAGAGGCUUGUGGGUAACCGGAGCGAAUCUCAAGCAAGCAACAGCAUCGAGAAUGGAACUACGCCACGGAACAAGGAGAGUCCUGAGCCCCCUUUAACUAUGAGUCCAGACAGGAUCAUGACCCCUAGGUCCUCUCAGGAUUCUCGUCCUAGGGAUCCCAUGAGCGAUGAGAUACGGCCGUCCAGCGACUCUGUAACCUCGCGCUCAGAAGUCUCGAACGCUGGGCGAUCCAUUCCACGGAAAGAGGUCCCGCCUCCUGUAUCCAGAAACUUAGCCGAUGGCAAACCUCUGCCGGUUCCUGGGUCGAACAGUUCCGAGGGUCCUGCUCUCCCGAUCCGUCCCCCGCCGCCUGAGGCGAAGCUUAGUAACACGUAUAUGCAACCUCGCGCACCGCCUUUGCCUCCCACUCAGGCCCAGACCCCCAAAAACCAGUCGACAACAAGUGGUGAAGUCCAGGAGCUGAAACCAUCCCCCAAGCUACCUAGGUGGAGCUCUGGGGUCGAGUUCAGCAUGGAUGAGGAUAUGGCCAGGAUAUUGGGAACAGAUGAGGGCUCAUCGUCAAUCCUCCGCCGGGUCUCAAACGCAGUACGACAUGGACGGAACAGCAGUGGUGAAACAGGCGCUACUCCUGGCAGGAUUUCUCACAGUAGGAGCGUGAGCGAAACCACUCGAGGAACUACUUCGCCCCGUUGGCCGAGAACUCCGAUUGUUGAGGACUACUCCGCCGGUAAUAUCAACGAUAUAACGAGUCCGUUGUCUUUGGCUAGUACGACACAGGAUGAUCCAGCCUAUCUGAAGCGGCAACUCAGAAGCUCCGAGCAGCGGGUGGCAGAGCUGGAGCGACAGUUCAACACGGAAAAGGAUCUUAAGAGUCUUAACAAGAAGUUGAUCGAGAAGAGGAAGACAGUUUCGGUGCUUGAUACUCAGACUGAGAUCAUGAUCAGGCAGCUUGAGGUCUUGGCCGGGUAUGUUGAGCGUGCAAAGAAGACUAACGAGUCGUUUGACGCUCGCGAGUUGGAGGAGUCCGCAAUCAAGGAGUUUGUCCAAAAGCUAGAACGUCUCAAGCACAACAUGACCUCUGCGAUCGAGCAACUCAUCGCGGAGAGAGACGAUUUGGUGGAGGAGAAAAACCAAGCCAUUGCCGACCGCGAUCGCGCUCUGCUCGAGUUUGAGCAGCUGUCUUCCAAGAACGCUCAGUUGGCCGAUAUGAACAAUGAUCUCACUCACCAGAUUCAGGAGAGAUUCAAGCAGCAGAUCAAUAACGGCGAGCUCAAGUCACCCAAUGGUUUGGGUAUUUACGGCCACACCAAGGGUGCUUCACUCAACAUGGACGCCGCGAGCUUACAGACAGCUACGACUAUGGUUGGUCCUGAUAUGGAAGAUCAGCUUGUGGAAGGCCCUACCGUGGUGAACAUCCGCAAGGGCCAGGUCAAGAAGUUCAACUGGAAGAAGGGCUCCAGCAAGGUGGCGCACAAUAUCUCGAAGGGUAUCCGUGGUGCAGCAGGCGCAUUCCAAGGACAGGAAGGAACCCAGAGGCAGCAGCAGCAGCAGCAGCAGCAGCAGCAGCAGGGCUCCUUGAACGGAGACAACAUUGGUCUUCCUUAUGCCAUGACAGUUGCCCAGGUUGAGGCUCCGGUCACUGUCGUUCCCCCACCAGCCAACACCAUCAAACCUGUGAUGGUUGAUAACGCGCGGCAAGGUGGAGGAGGUGGUGGUGGAGGGUUUGGUUUCUUCGGUGGCAAAAAGCCGAACGCGCAGCAAAAGUCGAUGUCGGUGACCAAUAUCUCUACCCCUGCGGUUGCAGAAGCCCCCACUACUCUCUUCGGUUCCGACCUGAUUGAGCGGACUGAACAUGAACGCCGUCAGAUACCAAGCGUGGUCACGCGCUGUAUCGAGGAGGUUGAGCUUCGUGGUAUGGAUGUCGAGGGAAUCUACAGGAAAACCGGAGGCAACUCUCAAAUCAAGAUGAUUCAAGAGGGCUUUGAGAAGCAGCAAGAUUUCGACAUUUCCGACCCGGAGAUCGAUAUUACUGCUGUGACGAGUGUCCUUAAACAGUACUUCCGCAAGCUCCCCAACCCCUUGCUGACGUUCGAGGUGUAUGAAAGGGUCUUGGAGUCCAAUAAUAUUCAAGACGUAGAGGAGAAAUGCGCUCACCUGAAGAAAACGGUCAACAUGCUUCCACCAAAGCACCGCGACUGUCUCGAGUUCCUCAUGUUUCAUCUUGCUCGAGUAGCGAGCAGAGAACGCGAGAAUUUGAUGUCACCCAAAAACUUGGCUGUGGUGUUUGCGCCCACCAUCAUGAGAGAUCACAGUCUCGAGAAAGAAAUGACAGACAUGCACGCCAAGAACAAUGCCGUGCAGUUCCUGAUCGAGAACAGUGCGCUCAUCUUUGAGGAAUAAGGAGUUAGCGAGCGCGUGAGCGCGGUGCGGGCGAACUGAAGAUGGACGGGAGAGUAUCCUUAACCACCGAAUGACCUACACGUGGUUUGUAUAUACUGAUGAAAUAUUUUGGUUUUUCCCGCAAGCUUGGCCGAUGCGACUAGCCGAUGCGCUUGUCGAAGCAUGGAAGUUGCACAAGGACUCAAUUGGGCGUUGUUUUUCACUUCUCGUGGAAGGCUCGUAGGGCCUCUCCGCACCAUGUCUUGCCCAGUUCACACUUUGGGGCUUUCUUGCUCUUUGGUGAUCUGAAUAUUUUGGCCAGAAGAAAAAUGAAAAAUGGUGUGAUGACUUGGUUGAAGAAGGACAAGGGUGGUCUGCAGUGAUUUUGCGUGUGCCCUAUGUGGGCUGGGAAAGGGUCGGUCUAAUAUUCUACAGUUGGAUUGGAUUUAAGUCUAAUAUGAGUUGAUCAGGAAAAUGGCACAACCCAUUGCUCUCUGGGUCAGAUGGGACAAAUUUUCCCAUGAUUUUGGGGGGGUGGGGGGGCAGUUCACAACUGUCCGUAAAACCAGCUCUGUGAUUACCCUCUUAU